GUAACAGUAGCAAAAGAAAUUGCCAGCCUACCCUCCUCCCCCAGUCUGAAGUUUGCAGAAGACUGCAAAUUACAAAUUUAUCGAGAAAAUAAAAGGAGAGAGCGCGAGAGACGGCAAAGUGCAAAAGCACACGCACAGAAUCAACGGAGAAUGUAACGUCACUCAGUGGCUCACCUCACUCACUCACAACUCCCUCAAAUUCAAAAACCCAACGAUUCUGUUCAUCUCACACAUUUCUCUCGUUCCGCCCCCAAGCCGCCGGCGACGACGUCGUUUGCCUCCUGAAGUUGCAGAAGCUCAGCUCUCCGCAGGUAGUUGGUAAUGGAGAUCUCUGAAGAUGAAAAGGAUACAGUCUAUGAGAAUUAUAUACCGAAAGAACUUAGUCAUGCUUUAUCAUCUACUGGUGCAAAGUUUAUAGAUGAAGUCCUUAAUGGUCAAAAUGAACGCUGUUUAGAGAACUUUCGCAUGGAUAAGCAUGUCUUCUACAAGUUGUGUGAUAUUUUGCAAGGAAAAGGCCUACUGCGCCACACAAAUCGAAUCAAGAUUGAAGAGCAAUUGGCCAUGUUCUUGUUCAUAAUUGGUCAUAAUCUACGGACUCGAGCUGUUCAAGAGUUAUUCCGUUAUUCAGGGGAAACCAUUAGUCGUCAUUUCAACAAUGUCUUAAAUGCAGUAAUGGCAAUUUCGUUAGGUUUCUUUCAGCCUCCAGGAUCUGAUGUUCCAUCCGAAAUUUCAGAAAAUCCUAGAUUUUAUCCAUAUUUUAAGGAUUGUGUGGGAGCAGUUGAUGGCAUACACUUCCCGGUGAUGGUGGGGGUAGAUGAGCAAGGACCUUUCCGCGACAAGAAUGGCUUACUUUCACAAAAUGUUCUGGCUGCUUGCUCAUUUGAUCUCAAGUUCCUUUAUGUCUUGGCUGGUUGGGAAGGCUCUGCUUCAGAUUUGCAAGUUUUGAAUUCUGCUCUCACCAGACGAAACAAAUUGCAGAUGCCAGAAGGGAAAUACUACCUCGUGGACAAGAAGUAUCCAAACAUGCCUGGCUUCAUUGCUCCAUAUCCUGGCAUACCUUAUCACUCAACGGUGUUUCCUAGUGGUUAUCAACCUCAAGAUGCAAAAGAGCUAUUUAAUCAGCGACACUCAUUGCUACGAAAUGCAUCUGAUCGCACUUUUGGGGCUUUAAAAGAACGCUUCCCUAUAUUGAUGUCAGCCCCUCCGUACCCAUUACAAACACAAGUCAAAUUGGUUGUGGCAGCUUGUGCCCUACACAACUUCAUCCGUGAGGAGAAACCAGAUGACUGGAUCUUUAAAAUGUACGAAAAGGACACCAUACUGCAAAUGGAGGAAUCAAUUCCCCCGUUAGCGGAGGUGGAGCAACCAAUCAUGCAUUUUGAAACCUCUGCUUUGGACAUUUCUUUUGAAACAGAAGAACUGGAAUUCACUUCGCAAAUGCGGGAUUCGAUUGCAAGUGAAAUGUGGGAUGACUAUAUCCAUGAUUUAUCUCCCAUGUAGAUCAGAUUGAUUAUGGUCACAGAUUCAAGCCAGAUUGACAUUUUUUCUGGGUUUGAGUCCACGACAACCAGACGAAGGUUUCGUUAAUGUACAUUUCAACUUCUGUUUAUAGAAAAGGAAUACAUUCGUAGGGUUUAGAAAAAGCAAUCAUUUGGAGGGGGUUGAUGUUGCUGCCUUUUCCACCACCUUACUCCUAACAGCUGAACUCCAAAAGAAUGAAGCGGGAAACUUUGAAGAUUGGGAGUGCAUGUGUGGUAGGGAAUACAAUUUGUGAUAGAAAAAGCAAGUGUUAAAGUGGUGGAUCUACAAUUCCAUGUAAAACUGGCUGGUUUAGCAGUGGAUUUGAUCACUUUUUGGUACUAUUAUCUUCACGUUUUUGUCCGGUCCCCCAUUAUUUUAUUUUAUUGACUUUUUUGAUAUUA